GGAUGAGAUGAGACUGGGGGUGAGGCAAGUUCCAAUGUGCCGACACAUCUCACGUGUCUGACACUGGGACGUAUAGCCCAUGCUGCUUUGACUCCUUGGUGCCACCAUUGAAUUUGCAGACAAGAUCUAUGUCUUUCACGUGCUCUUGAUUAACCUUUUCACCAGUUCUCACCUCACUGUUUUACCUCGAACUUGAUUGAUUAUCUUCUUUGAGUUCAUCUAUUUGCUUCAAUCCAACUCUACCUAUAAACUACAAUUAUAAAUUGUGGCUCUUUCCCAUGUCUCAAAAGCUUGAAAUUUUGAUGGGUUUCUUUUUUUUCCUCCAUGAGAGAACCUUAGUUGCCUAGUCUGAAAGCUAUCCUCUUUCCACAGAAUUAUUCUGAACCUUCUGUAGGAAGAAUUUAGUAGUUUUCAGUACUGGCAUGGACCACAAACACUGUGAUGGAUACCUUUGUGCUUCUUCCCUUUCCCUCUCUCUCUCUUUCUCUCUUCAUCCUUUCUUCAAGUCUACUCCAUUCAAAUCUUGAUUUUCAGAACCUCAAAAAAAUGGAAGCUGGUGAGUAUGUCUAAUGAUGUUUCAUUUUCAGGGAUUCAAUUUUAUAUCACCCAGCUUCUUUUAAUGGGUCUCCCUUCCAUAUGUAACCCUGCCCCUUUUUUCUAGCUUCUUUCUUGUAAAGAAAAUGUUCUAGAGAUAGGGCAUUGGUGACAUUUAUUUUAAGCUUUUUUACAGAUUAAUAUCUCUUAAUGAUUGAAAAAUCACUUGGGGGUAGGAAUUUGUAUGUUUUUAGUUCACGAUCCACUGAUGGUUUUGAUGGAAAAAAUGGUUGCAAGUUGCAACUAGAGAAGGUGAAAAGGUCUAGGUAGCUAGCCAGCUAGCACGCUGAAGAAAAGGGGGAAAAUAUAAUUAAAAUGAGAAGAUGGGGCCACUCCUUCCUUUCUGGCUUUAGGGUUUGGGUUUGAAGAUCAAUAACCUAUAAGCAGUGUUGAGAGAGAUGCUUUCCUACCAGUGUACACAUUGAUAGGAAAGAGGCUGAGGAGACUAGAAACAGUUGUUGAGCUUAAGUUGUUGAGCUUUUCCAUUCUACCAUCUCUCUCUCUCUCUCUCUCUCUCUCUUAAUCCCUUUGCCACAUUAGAGUGUAGGGAGAGAGUAGAUGUGGGAAUGGCUGGCAUGGAACAAGGCGCAGGUUCUCGCUACAUCCACCAGCUCUUCAGACCUGAAUUGCAAUUAGAAAGAACACCACAGCAGCCACACCAACCACCCCAACUCAACGAUUCCGGAGACUCGCCGGAAAACGAAGAUAGAACUGACCCUGAUGGAAGUCCAGGUGCAGCGACCACUUCCUCUCGCCGCCCUCGAGGGCGUCCACCAGGCUCCAAAAACAAGGCCAAGCCACCAAUUAUCAUCACUCGCGACAGCCCAAAUGCGCUGAGAUCACAUGUGCUGGAAAUCUCAGCGGGCGCGGACAUAGUGGAAUCGGUGUCAAACUAUGCAAGGAGGCGUGGCCGUGGAGUUUGCAUCCUCAGCGGGGGCGGAGCUGUGACUGACGUCACCUUGCGCCAGCCAGCUGCCCCAUCCGGGAGUGUCGUGACGCUGCACGGGCGGUUUGAGAUACUGUCUCUCACGGGAACAGCACUGCCGCCACCUGCGCCACCGGGGGCUGGGGGCUUGACAAUAUAUUUAGGAGGAGGGCAGGGUCAGGUGGUGGGAGGAAGGGUGGUGGGGCCACUGGUGGCUUCUGGUCCGGUGCUAUUGAUGGCGGCAUCGUUUGCAAAUGCAGUGUAUGACCGAUUACCGCUGGAGGAGGAGGAGGAAUCGCCAGUGCAGGUGCAGCCAACAGCCUCACAGUCCUCUGGGGUGACAGGCGGUGGGGGGCAAUUGGGUGACGGGGGAAACGGCAGCACCACCACUGCUGGCGGAGGUGCGGGUGCAGGUGUUCCUUUUUACAAUUUGGGACCGAAUAUGGGGAAUUAUCCUUUUCCUGGUGAUGUAUUUGGCUGGAAUGGGGGUGCAACAAGGCCUCCAUUUUAGUAGUACUAGUAGUAUUUCCUAAUUCCCUUGAUCAGUUAGAAUUCUGAUUAUCAGUGUCCAAGUAGUAGGAUGUUAAUUUGUUGUUCUGAUUCAUGGGGAAUGCUUGUUUUCAUCUGGGUAUCCCAACUUUCAAGUAAUUGGGCAAGAAGAAGAAGAAGAAGAAGAAGAAUAAGGAGAGAAGGAAUGGAACACUUUCUCAACCAAAAAAAAGAAAGCAUGAACAAGGUGGUAGUGGACAAAGCUUGUGAUUUCAUGCAAGAUAAUUAAGCUAAGCAAAUCCAUUUCAGAAGCUGAGGAGCAAAGGGGUUUGAGGGUAUUUCCAAAAUCAGUAAGUUCAAAUUCAUGUACAAAUCAUAUCUGCAUUGCUAUUUUUUCUGUUGAUCCACUUUCCUUCACAAUGGGAUUUUAGGCCUUCUUCUUUUACCUGGUUUACUAUUGAAUAUCUGUAGAUUGUCCAAUGGAACAUUAAUUCUGAUGCACAUUUCUCUUUCUACUCCAUCUCCCACCUCUUCAAUGUAUUUUACUUCCUCAUCAUGCCUUCUCCCAACAUAGUGAAGACAAAAGAACAUGAUUGCAGGAUUAUGAUAUGAAUACAUGGAUGUUUAUAGAUAAAUUACCUAAA